AGCCCUCUCGCAGCAUCCGUGCUCCCAUUGUGAACGUACGAUGCUCGUUAACAAGUGCGCUCUGGGCGCGUGUGCCUCGCGCCGACAACUGCUCAAUGGCGUUGCAACGUGGAGGAGAUGCUUAACCGGUUCGGCGUCGUCGAGGGAACCCACAGGGCCGAUAGUGACGACGGAGAUACCGGGUCCUCAGUCGCGCAGCAUGUUACAAGAAUUGAACGCGAUACAAACUACGAGAGAUCCGCCGGCAAUUACAUAAUGGACGUCGACGGGAACGCGUUGCUGGACGUUUACAUGCAAAUCUCGUCGAUGCCCCUGGGGUACAAUCAUCCGGCGAUGUUGGAGGCUCUCGCCGAUCCCGUUAAUCAAAAAAUUAUGGCGAACAGGCCGGCGUUGGGAGUCUUCCCGGGCAGCCAGUGGGCUGACAAAUUGAACAGGGUUCUGCUGAGGAGCGGGGUCACCCCGCCCGGACUGUCGCAUCUCACGACGAUGAUGUGCGGCUCCUGUUCCAAUGAGAACGCCUUCAAGAACAUAUUCAUCUGGUACGCCGAGAAACAAAGGCAAGGAGCGCCGUUCACGAAGAAGGAGAUUGAGUCGUGCAUGAUAAAUCAGACCCCUGGCUCACCGCGAUUCUCCAUCAUGUCUUUCAAGGGAGCGUUCCACGGUAGAACUCUGGGCACUCUGUCGACCACGCACAGCAAGUACAUUCACAAGCUGGACAUACCAGCCUUCGACUGGCCUGUCGCCUCUUUUCCCGGCUACAAAUAUCCCUUGGAGGAGAACGCGCGGCAUAAUCAGCAGGAAGACGAAUGUUGCCUCGCUGAGGUCGAGGAAUUAUUCGAGAAGUAUAAGAAGGAGAAGAGAACACCGGUGGCCGGCGUGAUAAUCGAGCCUAUUCAGGCCGAGGGCGGUGACAAUCACGCGUCGCCGGAAUUCUUCCGGCAGCUGCAACGUAUAAUUCGAAAGAACGGAGCGGCGUUACUUAUCGACGAAGUGCAAACCGGCGGCGGUCCGACGGGGAAGAUGUGGUGCCACGAGCACUUUGAGCUGGACGGCCCGCCCGACCUGGUGACCUUCAGCAAGAAGAUGCAACUGGGAGGCUAUUAUCACACGGAAGCUUUCAGGCCGAAGCAGUCGUAUCGCGUGUUCAACACUUGGAUGGGAGACCCCAGCAAGGUGAUUCUGCUGGAAGCGAUCCUCGAUGUGAUAAGGAAAGAGGACCUCUUGGAUAGAGUGACGCAAGUUGGCGGCUACUUGAUGAAACAUUUAACGGAUAUGCAGAAGGAGCAUUCCGGCGCGAUAAGCGCGGUGCGCGGACGUGGGACGUUCAUAGCGUUUAACUGCGCCUCACCUGAGACUCGAGACGGCCUCAUCAAGACGCUGCAAACCAAAGGUGUCCAAGCAGGCGGCUGCGGCCAGCAAUCGGUGCGACUCAGGCCCGCGUUGACCUUCACGCAGCGUCACGCCGACAUAUUUUUGGACGCGCUCCGCGCUAGCCUAAAAGAAUAAAGGACACCGAUCAUGGCUCCUCGUGUCUUCCAAGGUUGUCUUCCAUAAACAGAUGUAACGAAUACUCGCCGGUGAGAUGUAUCGAUGUGUCUGCGAAUCUACGAACGCCCAUUAUUUUUCUAUGGCAGUUACACAUUACGUACGGGCAACAUGUCUGGAAAUCGACGCGAUCCUCUUGGCCGGUCUGCACACACGCGUACACAAUGAGGUUCUAAACGAUGCGAAAUUGCAAUAGGAAGGAUCGUGCGAUGAGAUAUCGUAAUUAUUAUAUAUGUAUAUGUAUAUAUAUAUAUAUAACAUUGAUAUUUUUAUUGCAUUAUUA